CUGGCAAAGCCACUAACGCUCCCCCAACCUCUCUCAGUUUGGAAACAUGGAGGGCAUCACCACGGCGGUGAUAGACGAGUUCCCGUCGCUGCGCGGCUGGAGGCGCAAAGCUCUAUUUCUAAGCGGCCUUUGCUUGGCCUUCUACCUGCUGGGCCUCCUCUUGAUCACGGAGGGCGGCAUCUACUGGUUUACCCUCAUCGACGCCUACAGCACCAGCUUCGGCCUCAUCAUCGUGGCUCUCUUCAUGUGCCUCGGGGUCACCUUCUGCUACGGGGUGAACCAGUUUUGCCAAGACAUCGUCGACAUGAUCCGUCAGUGCCCGCCCUGGUGCAGCCGGCUGGUGCCGUACUUCAAGGCCUGCUGGGUGAUCGUCACGCCGGGGACGUUGCUGUUCAUUCUCUUCUACGUCUUCCUGGACCUGUCAGGCACCAGGCUGCACUACGGAGCGUACCAGUUCCCGCGGUGGGGCCAGGCCCUGGGCGUCUGCGUGGGGGUGCUGAGCUGCAUUCAGAUUCCGCUUUGGGCUGGCAUCGCCCUCUGCAAGGAGUCCGGGACACUGGCAGCUCGCUUCAGGAAGGCCAUCCGUCCUCGGAGCUCCUGGCGUUCGGCCAGCAGCCGGCAAUUGCCCCACCAGGUCAUCGAUGUUCCGUACACCGUGAACUUGACGGUCAGCGACUUUGCCGGAGUUUGGCAACUGCCGGAUCCCAGCGAGGCCUGAGGCUGUGGCCAACGCAGGAGGCGGCGGCAUCUGUGCCGGUCCACUUACAGCUGAUCCGACCGGCCACCCUUGCCGUCCCUUGGAGGGGGUUGUGGUCAAACAACACUGCAGGAGAUGCUGCUGCUGCUGCUGCGUUGGGCCACCCUUGAGGCUGCUGGUUCCCCCCACGCCCUCCCCACACAAGCCCAGGGGCUGGGCCGGAGCUGCCGCUGGCCCACCCCUCAACCAGGCAGCCACUGCUCCAGAGACCUUUCAGGACAGCUUUGCCCCGUCUCCGAAAUCGGCCAGUGUCCACUGGUGCUUUGCUGCCCCGUGGCAGCUCUCCUCACCCGCCUGGAGUAUAGGAAGUCCUCAACCUA